GCCGCAUAAUCGGAGCGCGCAUUGUUCGUACAGUUCACUGCUGGACGAGACACUAUCAGGUUGUUAUAAGCGGGCGGUUAACGCGCGCAUCUACAACAGGACACAACGGCUACAAUUUUCUGAACUUUAUUUAUGGAUUUUUUUUCUACGCGCGGAUUUAGUGAGGUGUUAUAAAUAUUUCAUUAUUUACAAUUAUUAAAAAUGUGCAUACGUAACAGCAUUUUACUGCUGCUUUACCUUAGCCAAUGGCCGUUGUUCUCCAUUCUGUCCACCGCUAGCGCAGCGCGCAGCAUGAAUCGCCAGCAGCUGAAGACAAUCGAACGUUAUAUGGAUCCGAGUGCGGACCCCUGCGCCGACUAUUAUCAGUAUGCGUGCGGUAAUUGGCAGUAUGUGCACGCGGACGCCGAAUAUUUCGAAACAAUUGGCCUCAUUGACUACAAAGUCGAUCAGGAAUAUGCGCAAUUAUUGCACAGCAUCCGCCGACGACGCCGUAUGCGUGAGGAACACGCCUUUAUGCGCAAGCUACUCGACUACUAUAAGUCCUGCUUGACAGUGUACGCGUACACACCGCAGCUAUAUCUGGACUGGCUGCAAGAGCAUGAACAGCUGGUAUGGCCGCCGGUGCUGCCGAGCACAGGUGCUACACGCCGCGCGGCCAAGCGACGCGGCAAAGCAGUGCGCUACGACUGGCUGUACAUGCUGGCGGUGCUGCGUAGGUAUGGCAUGAAUGCGGUUUUCAUUGAGGAGACCGUGAUACAGCGGCGUGACAAUGCGCGUGCUUCGGCCAUAGAUUUGGACAAGCCCGUGCUGAAUGGCGGCUUCCAGCCAAUGCCGCAUAAGGGCUUUGAGCUGAUUAUGGAAUAUUUGGGUGUGAGCGAUCAGCAAGGCAAGGACAGCCUAUGGGAGGAAGUGCAUGUGUUUGAAGGUAAGCUGAAGAGUUUGGAUUUUGUGGAGGAUACGACGGAGGAGGGCGAGGAGAGUGCAUCGGCGCAGCGCGAAACCACGCUAGCGGAAUUGAAUAUGCCUUUUUUAACGCGCUACUUGGACAUCGUGCUCGAACAACCCGUGGAUCCGUACAUGAAGCUGACCAUACAAAAUCUCCCUUAUAUGAGACUACUACUCACCGUGCUGGACGAGCAUGAAUCCGAAUUCAUUUGUCGCUACUUGAUGUUGCGCUUUCUCUGGUAUCUGAACGUUGAUGGGCCACGCAAUUUUCUCAAAGGUGACUGUGUCUCACAUACGCGCAGCAUGAUGCCGCUCGCCAUGACUUGGCUCUAUGAACGCCAAAAUCCGGAGCUCAUCGACGAAAAGUCGCACAUUGAGCUGCUCUUCCGCAAACUGUUGCAACAUUUCACGCAAACCUUGCAAAACAAUGCAAAUCAGUUCGACUCACACGUUUUGCGUUUCUUGCAGGAUAAAAUAGACACAAUGCGCAUCAAGGUCGGUAAUUUGCCACGUCCUGCUACCAGUCGCCAAGUGGAGGCAUUCUAUGCAGAUCUCGUAAUCGAGCCAAAGGAAUUUUUCGCCAAUCACUUGCGUUUACUGCAACACUUCACACGCGCCAAGCACAAGCGCCUAACGGAACUGCUCGCGCAAGAUGACUCAUACUUUCAUCUGGAAGACCCCGAAACUGGUGCUAGCUCCUCACCCUACUACCUGCUGCGCUCCAAUGUGGUCAUCGUGCCACUUACACUCCUCCACACGCCCAUCUACCAUCCACAGCUGCAUGAAAUCUUCAAAUACAGUUCGCUGGGCUUUCUGCUGUCGCACGAGAUCACACACGGCUUCGAUGAUAGUGGCGUCGAGUUUGACAAGCGCGGCAAUAUGCGUGGACCUUCGCAACGCAUUAAAGCGAACCGCAGAUUCGACUCAAAUUUGAAUUGCUUACGUUCGCGUAAUCCGCAAAUUGUCGAUGAGAAAAUCGCAGACGUUAGUGGCCUACGCUGGGCGUACGAGGCUUAUUUCAAGGGCAACUCCAGCAGCAGCAGCAACAAUGCCAAUGCCCGUCCGCUGCACUUUACCAGCCUCUCGCCGGAGCAUGUGUUCUUCCUUAAUUUCGCACAGUUCUUCUGUGGUUCGCCGGCGACCGGCGCACGCGACUUAGAGUUCAGCGAGCAUGGCUCGGAUAAGGAGCGCGUCUUGGAUGCGCUGGCGAAUUUCGCGGAGUUUGGCCGCGUUUAUGAUUGCCCGCUGGGCAGUCGCAUGCACCCGGAACGAAAGUGUCAACUUUGGAGAUAGCGAUUGAUAGGAUGAGAGAAUACCGAAAUGGAAGAAUAGUUAGUGUUAAAAUUGACAUUAGCCAACAUACAUAGUAAAUAAGCUGUAAAUAAAUUAAUUUUAUGUAAUGAAAACAAAACUGAUAUUUAAAUACGACAUAAUUAGGAGAUAAAUAUUUAGUGCCUAAACAAUCAGAAUCCAUUUAAUUUAAAAAUAAGCGAGUAUGUAUAUUUGUGCUGUUUUUUCCAAUAUUUUAGUUUUGGAAAAGUGAUAGUGUAAAUACAAUCCACAAUACAUUCUCCUACACAUAGUACAUAGAUGCUAUAAUUCACUGUUAAUAAAGAGAGAAAAACAAACUUUUUAAUCGAAUCAUAUAAUCUCGAAUGUGGCUUAUCAAUUUGUCCGAGUGCCAAUUCCAUUGAAAUUGAAUCGUUCUGAAUGCUUUUGAAACAAUUUCCUGGUAUAACAGAGCAGUGUUCGUGUAAAUGUUUGUCUG